AUGGAUCCCGGAAAGUCUCGACGCUGGUGGCUGCCAGGACCGCCACCUCCCAGGCGCCUCAUCUCUCUGCACGACGUAGAGGAAUCGUACCGCCUAGAGGGCAUACCCGAGCUGGCCGUGCCCGUUCGGUCCUUGGAACUUCGGGGGGGCCUCCAGCUACGCACGGCGGGGAGUCCACUAGCACCAUAUAUCGACCAACUCGACAGGCCCGUGACAGACGCACAAGGAGGCCCUCCGGUAGCGACUCCGGUAGCGACUCCGGUAGCGACUCCGGUAGCGACUCCGGUAGCGACGCCGCCCUACCUUUUCCACGGGUGUGGGGAGCCUGUCAGCCCCGAAGUCAUCCGUUCGUUCGCCCGCUGGGGCCCGUCGAUUCGAUUCUCGCGGUCCAGUAGUUACUUCUCGCCCAGGCCCGCCGUAUACUGGACCAACUCGAUCGAGUUUGCUAUUGCAUGGAGCUUUUUCGCAAGAACUGGGAGCUGGGGGUUAGACGGUGACCAACCCGACCGAGAUGAUGGGCAGCCGUUCGAGUGCUUGAUCUUUGUGUCAAAACUGGAUCCUGGCACAGCGGGAUUCGACGGCGGCUUGCAUAUGAUUCCGAGGCCGCAAACGGUGGAGGAGGAGGAAGAGCUGGCCCAGGCAAGUCUUUGGUGUGAAAAAAACAUGAACAAGGGCGGUUUAGGGCAUAUGCAACCCGCACCGCCGCCCAAGUCACACAGGGCGGACUGGGGAGUUGUUGGCUCCAGAAUUCCCCGGUCCACCAUGCAGUCUCUGGCGAUGCUCCGCGAGAAAACGGAUAGGAUCUGGCUGUUUGCGGCCUGCAAUGAAGCCAGCAGCCGGACCAUUGCAGAAGCUGGCGUCGAGGUACGUGCGGACGGCAGUUCAGAGAUCCCCCCACUUGGCACCUGUUUCACGUUGUGGCAGCCUGUCGGCCUCGUUCCCUUCACCGUCAACUGGACGGGAGCUUUGAGUCUCAGGUCAAGUCUCAACCAGCUGUCAAUCGCUGUUACCUAG